CCUCUUCCAGCCGGAUGCAAUAGUUGGGUAGAUCUACUAAUAGCAGGUCCAAAAAACUGUACAUCCGUUAUACAUCAUUUCUCUCAUAAUGAGUAAUGUUCUAUAGCUUUCUCGUAAUCUUGUAUGAAUGUCUACCUUGGUGUUCCUGACCAGACAGUCAAAGACUUGCUGCAGCCUGAAAUCCCAUCACAAACUUCGAUGCACUUGCACCAAAACCCGGCGCGCAUGCUUCACCAUAAAUCCAACGCUCAGAACUAUCUAUUCUAAUCCAGGCUUAAUCUGAUGCAAAUGGUCAGACGAGUGCUGCGCAUCUCACUGCUUGGCUCCCUCACGGCCGCGUAAGCGCCGUGAGCAGCGCGGCUGACACAGACACUCCUGAUUCGCUGGCGCUGCACUUCAGCUCUGUUGCCUAGAGGCAGGCCCCUCCAAAAGCCCAAAGAAACAACUUCACAAAUUCCCCUCUGCCAUCUCUCCAGCACGCCUCCGAUGCAAUAUGCGUCCAUAUCAAAGGGAACUCCCUCAGGCAGCAACUUGUAAGACGGAACGGCAGGGGUUUACAGGCACAUUGACGUCAAAACAAAAGACCCUUGGUGCGAGGCAUAUUCGGUGGGUAGCGACCCAGAAAUGGUAGGGCUGGAAGAGAGACAUAUAUGUGAUGAUGUCCAUCCCGAGCUUGGUCAGGCAGACUCUCUGUACAGCCACAGUCUACCAAGUCGCUUAGAAGUUUCCCAACCCACUUGCCUGCCUCUUUAACUUCGUGUUCCUUGGUGCCCGCCAGUCGCAUUUCGUCUUCUUCCAAUGUGCAUCCCACGUCCACGCAGACACACAACGCAAUCCACCUCACCCAUCACAAAACUCCCCUACCAACGCCUCGAUUCCCCUCCCCCAACGCCCCGCAUGGUCCCCAAACCCGCCGCCGUCGGAACCGUCGCCGCCAUGCCCACAUCGCCGGCCCGGACGCCGGCUCUCGCCAACCCGCCAGCCUCCUACUCCUCCUCCUCCCGCGUAUCCCUCCAGCACGAGCGCCUCCUCCUCGAGCUCCUCCCCUUCAAAGACGCCACAAAGUUCCACGACUGGCUCGACAGCAACUUCGUCCGCGGACCCUGGAACGAGUUCAACGCAGACUUCCUCUCCCGCGCCAUCGCCGACGUCGCCGCCGCGGGCCCCACCACCACCGGCGGCCUCCCGCCCGGUCCCAGCGCCGUGCCGGAGCCGGACAAAAUCCGCACGGCCCAGGCGGCGCGGGAGGCGCUCAACGGCCGCAAGGCCAAGUUCUGCGUCUACCGCCCGGACAAGAGCGCGUGGACGGCCGAGGACCAUCACGUGCGCUUCAUCGUCACGCUCGUCGCGGACAACAUGCUGCAGAACCUGUGGUACGAGUCCGAGUGGAAGAAGAAGGGGCUCGACAUUGCCAAGGCGGCGUACGAGGUGCUCAUCUUCCUCAAGGCCACCAUGGUAUACGCGGACCCGAAUCCGCCGAGUUACUCGGCAUGACGCCCCCCCGUGGUUUCAGGACUAUGGUCCGUAUUGUUGGGAGCUUUUUGGUCUCUGGUCUCUUUGCAUUAGCGUGGGGUUGAGAAGUGUGGUGUCUGUUAAAAUCGUUGAAUGAGGCUGUAAUCGGUGCAAUGGCGUUUUUCUUACUGCGUAUCAACGGCGUCUUCUGGGUUGUCUGGCCUAUGUUUUUUCUCCCCUGGCAAGCAUUGGGAGCGAUUUGGGUUUUUGGGAGGGUUCGGCCAAUCGUAGUCGUCCUAUUUUGGGUACAUGAAAUC